CAACCCGAAGUUUGAUUUAAUGAAAAAUAAAAAUUGAUCGUGAGAUCGGCCGGAGCUCAUCUAAGUACAUCUAACGGUUGGAUCACCUGUUGUAUACUAUAUGCUUGACGUACACCAGUUAUUACCACAUAUAUAUAUAUAUAUAUGGGGAGUUCUACGGUACCCCGGGUGAAAUCCGGGGUACCGCAUACCUUAAGUAAGAAAACGCUAUCUAGAACUUGAAUUGACUGAUCUUUCGGACAUUAAACUAUACUCUAACCCAUAAAGAUUAAAAUCUUUAUAGUUUAUGAUUUAGAUAAUUAGGACCUAGGGUUCACUCAUUAAGGGUUAGGGUAUAGUAUCAUGCCCAAAAAUCAUGCUAAUUCAUGGUCUAGAUAGUGUUUUCAUACUCAAGGUAUGCGGUACCCCGGAUUUCACCCGGGGUACCGUAGAAGGCACCAUAUAUAUAUAUAUAUGGUGACUUCUACGGUGCCCAGGGCAAAAGCCGGGUACGGGUACCUUGGCCGAUCUUAACCGUUCGUUUUCAAUCUCCACGGCUCACGUUUGUUAAACCUAACUGCGCCACUAAAUAACUAAACAAAUUACAAAAAGCCUCCUCCGCGUUAAGUUUGUUUUCAUCCUAGUCCAACUAACUGCCCCGAUUAAAUUAAAUGGAUUAAGACCCAAACCCAAUUGGGUAGACCCACUGCCGCCCAAACCAAUUUCCAGUCUCCCUAACCAAUUACACGAUCCCUCUCUCGUCUUGGAGGGACGCCCCUUCACAGUUCCAAGAGAAGCUCCCCAUCCACAUUCGACGUAGAUUGAAUUUCCCAAAAAAAUUUUGUCUUGUUUCUUCUUCGCCAUUGUAUUUCCCCUCGCCUAUCUCUUUCUAACACGAUUACGGCGACCAUGUCUAUUAUUGUGUUCAUCGAACUUAUCAUUUGCAAAAGAACCCUUGAAAGAGGUUUGCUAACCCUAGGGUUCAUGUCCCUAUUGCUUUGUCAUCUUGUCUUAGCGUUAUUGUGAUUUUCUCGAGCCUUAUAUCUCUCGGUGAAUUUAGGUUUCCUGAUAUGUAGUGUUCGUCUCGCCCAGAGGAUUGAGGAAGAAGAUGAAGAACACAUAAUUUGAUUCGAAUCGGAUGGAGAGGUCUCCUUAGUUUGUGUUUAUGUAUUAACGGUACGUUUAGGACUAAUUCUAGUUGGAAUGGGUCUGAUCAUUGAUUUUUGCAGGCUUUUAAAUAACAUUCAAACGUGGGCUUGUACAUGACCCAUGCAAUAUUCAAAAGUGGGCCUGGAACGUGCGAGCCCAUUAGUUUUCUCCUGCGGUAUCAGCGCCAACCCUAGUUUAACUAGCUUUAGUUACCCUAGUUUAACCUACACGAGUUAACAUCAUUACUACAUAUCUUCCCAAAUCUUCUAACUCUUGACAUUCCAGACUCAACCGUCUCCAUCACACGUCUCCACACUCAACCCCCACGAUCACUUUUUCUUACACCUACAAUCUCUCUUUCCUCCAUCUUCACCUUCCCUCAUUCCUUCUUCCUCUGACUCCAUGGCAAACAAAGGCAAAUCGUUUGCGGAUAUGGGCAUACUAACUCUAUCAAACGACGACUGCCGAUCCACCCCAAGUCUCGCGGACUAUCUUUCAUUCACGAGCAAGACAUCUAUUAUGGCCGAGUAUGAGUUCAUCCACCUGUCCCCUUUCCCUCGAGAAGUGAAGCAGUUAAUUAAAAAUCUUGGCUGGGAAAAGUUCUUUGAUCUCCGGAGUCGAGGAAGCACCAGUUACUGCCCGCAUGUGGUGAGGAAGUUCUACCACAAUUUAGAGCUGUCUGGUCCCUCCGAUUCUCAUCUCGUGUCGGUCUUCCUGGGUUAUAGAGCCUGCUUCCAGCCUCAUCAGUUUGCUGAGAUCCUCGAUCUCCCCGCCGCAGGACACCACAUUGAUAGCAGAAGCGAUCUUCGGCUGUACGAUUUUGAGUUCGAAGUUGAACUGGCGAGACUGACGAAUGGGCGCAUCCAGGCUUCUUUCCUCCCAGAUCCUCUUCGAUUCCUCCAUUGGAUGAUCGUCAACUGCUUCAUGCCAAGGUACAGUGGUCAUUCGAUAAUUCGUAAACUUGACCUGUUUAUCCUUGUGCAAGCUCAAAGAGGUGUUCCUCUUAACCUCGCAUCUCUCAUGUGCAUGAACAUGGUUGAGGCUGCUCCUAGAGGGGUAAACUGGUACACUGCCUUUCCAUAUGCCACCUUCUUGACCACCUUUCUUGGAAGGGUUGGGAUGGAUAUGGGGGUUUAUGCUAGGGAGGACCAUUCCGCCUAUUUGCCAGUCUACCGUAUCGUCGAAGUGACCAAUACUUUUUAUGACCUUCGGCAUACGGAGCAUGAAGAGACCCCUGAGGCAUCCUCAAGCAAACGUCCUCGGCUUACAUGAGAGUCGAUUGAUGCAGGGCGGGGUGGAGCAGUGAAGGGGCCAGCAUUGGAUGUGUUUUGUUAAGAAGUUUACUGUAAGGCUUCGUUGUUUUUUUUUUCCAGUCUUUUUCUCCAACACUCAAAACUGUCAGGUACUGAGGGGAGCCAGUACAUCAUCUGACUAGGAAAGUCUCCCAACUUUUUAAUUAUCCAGACAAAUAUUUUUCUAUGCAUGCAGUAUUUUGUGAAUUUGCCAUGGCUAAUUUCCCUAAGACAGGUGACGAGAUGCAGUAAUGGUCAUCCCUAAGCAAGGAGGUGCAAUUGCAUCCUACACUUGCUAUGAUGUGAGAAGCUAUUGCAAGGGUGCAAAUUUGGUUGCAAUUGAAAUUGGCCCACGAGUGGGGACUAUUGAUGAAAUUGCAAUGUUUUCUCAAAAUUAUAGAAGUGGAAGUAGGGACUACCUAUGAAAUUGCAAAUGAAUUUCAUUGGGGGAGAUUUUAAUCCGCUUUUGUUCUAAGCAGUUCCAAUUAGGUUGAUUAUAAUGAUUUUUUAUCUAUGGUGAUUUUUUUCCCCUUUUUCGUCAAGACUCAUGCUUCUUUUAUCCCCCUGUGGAUCUAUCAUGCUUCGUUUAUAGUAAAAUAUCCUUUUAAUUAUACACAAUAAAGAAUCCAUUAAUUAUGUAUGCCUUUUUAUUGUAUUUAUUACUACAAUGAAUUCUCUGACUAAAAGGGGAGUGAAAACAUCGUUGGUGGAAAUUCAAGGAAUGGAAUGAUAAGGGCUGUGCAUAAAUUCAAUUUCUGUAAAUAAUUAAUUUUAUUAUUAUUAGUUAGUAACGUCAUAAGUUUUAGUUAGUGGGUUAGUGGCUCCUACUUUGUAGCUUCAAUCUGUUCAAGAGUUGGUACUUAAGCCACUCUCAUCAUCAAUGUAAAUCACUACUUUCAAUCCUUUACAUGGAAGCUUUUCCAUAUCCUAGGAACAUUAAAUUAAUUACAUAAGAAUUUUCUAUCUGCCUUGUACUGGGUUUGGUCAUUAUUUAUACUGAUUGGGAGCCAAUCAGUUUUACCUUUUGGGUUACCUAUACAUGAAUGCAAAUUUAAUUAUACGAUUGGGAGCCAAUCAGUUUUACCUUUUGGGUUACCUAUACAUGAAUGCAAAUUUAAUUAUACGAUUGGGAGCCAAUCAGUUUAACUAUACAUGAUCCCAAUUAAACCUCUCUACAAGAUACAAUGGCUUGAAGCCUUGAACAGAAGCAACCUCACUCACAAGUUGGAAGCUGGAAUUUUGGCGAAGUCCCUUUGCCAUUUCCACGAAAAAACAAACCAAACCAAACCAAAUAUAGAAAGCAUUCACAAUACCAAAAACCAAAUAUAGCAAGCAUUCACAAUACCAAAAACCAAAUAUACAAAGCAUUCACCAAACCAAAAACCAAACCAAAAACCAAAUAUUAAAACCAUUCACCAAAC